AACAGCGAGUAACUAACAAUCUAACAUUGUCCGACAUUGCCCUCUUCCUCUCUUCGACUCUCAUGCUCUGGCAGCUACUGCUAGCAGCAGCCGUGGACACGAGCCUGUCUUCCUAGACAGAUAUACAGAAGAUGCUACUGAGUCGGCGAAACAUUUUGGCCAUUUUUUCUUCAGCCUCAGCGUUUAGGAGUUUUCGUUUUCGACAAGAUAUAGAAAUGAGUAUUGUUCAAUUGCCAGGUUUAUUGUUUACCAAUUCCAUCGCCUGCGUUUCUUCUUCUACUUUCACUUUUAGAUAUAAAGAUACGAGCUUUGUUGAUUAUCUGAGAGAUAAAUGCGAAAAUGGUUCAUUUAGUAACUUAGAUGAUGCCUUAGCUUCCUUUGAUCAUAUGCUUCGUUUGAAUCCUUUGCCUUCUAUUAAGCAAUUUAAUCAGUUGUUAACUGCGCUUAUGCGAAUGAAGCAUUAUGACACUGUGGUUUCUUUGUCUAAAAAAAUUGAAUUGCUAGGAAUCUCAUAUAAUGUAUAUACUCUGACCAUCUUGAUUAAUUGCUACUGCCAUUUGCAUCUUGUGGAUUUUGGGUUCUCAGUUUUAGGAAAAAUUAUUAAGCUUGGAUUUCACCCCACUGUUGUAACGUUGAAUACCUUAAUUAAUGGACUAUGUAUAGAGGGUAAAAUUGUUCAAGCAGUGGAACUUUUAGAUGAGAUGGUAUCAAGAGGGUAUCAACCUACUGUAUAUACUCAUUCUAUGAUAGUAAAUGGUUUAUGUAAAAUUAGGAAAACCACCACAGCAAUUGGUUGGAUGAAGAAAAUGGUCGAGAGAGGUUGUGAGCCCGAGGUGGUGGCAUACAGUACAAUCAUUGACACCCUUUGCAAGGAUAGACUAGUUGUUGAGGCUUUAGAACUCUUCUCUCAAAUGAAAAGUAUUGGGAUUUCACCUACAGUUGUCACUUACAAUUCCUUAAUUUAUGGUGCUUGCAAUUUGGGGCAAUGGAAGCAAGCAUCUAUACUAUACAUAGAAAUGCCAGAGUGGAACAUUGCACCGGAUGUAGUUACCUUCAGUAUAUUGGUGGAUGCACUUUGUAAGGAAGGAAAGGUUUUGGCGGCACAAGGUGUUUAUGGUAAGAUGAUUCAAAGGGGCAUGAAGCUUGAUGUUAUUGCUUAUAGCUCCUUAAUCCAUGGUCUUUGUAAUUCAAGCCAAUGGAAGGAAUCUUCAACUUUGUUGAAUGAAAUGCUCAUGCAAAACAUCACUCCUGAUGUUGUAACCUUCAGCAUAUUGGUUGAUGUGUUUUGCAAGAAAGGAAUGGUUUCAGAGGCUCAAGGUAUUUUCAAUAUAAUGAUCCAAAGAGGUAUAAAGCCCAAUGUUGUUACUUACAAUUCAUUGAUAGAUGGCAAUUGUCUCCAAAACCAAAUUGAUGAGGCCAGAAAAGUAUUUGAUAUAAUGGUUUGCAAGGGUUCUGAACCUGACGUUCUUAGUUAUAACAUCUUGAUUAAAGGAUACUGUAAGAGUUAUAGAAUUGAAGAGGCAAAGCAACUUUUUGACGAAAUGCCUUGUAAAGGUUUAAUUCCUAAUUCUAUUACUUAUACCACUCUCAUAAGAGGCUUAUGCCAGGUAGGGAGGCCUCACUCUGCAGAAAAGCUUUUCAGGGAAAUGAGUUCUCUUGGCUGUCCUCCAGAUAUUAUUACACACUCAACCUUGCUUGACGGCUUCUGCAAGCAAGGGUAUAUUGAUGAGGCAUUGACUGUAUAUGAAGCUAUGAAAAAGAGCCAGUUGAAGCCUAAUGAUGUGAUCUAUAAUAUCCUGAUUGGUGGUAUGUGCAAAGCUGGAAGGCUUGAAGAUGCAAAGGAACUGGUUUCUGGUCUUUCUGUUAAAGGGUUGCAUCCUGAUGUUUGAACAUAUAUUAUGACAAUCAAUGGCCUCUACUAAGAAAGUACUACUAAAUGCAGCAGAAAAAGGUAAACUAAUCUGGAGGAGGAUGGCUGCACAUAGAUCGUUGCUCUUUAUAAGGUGAUUAUCCAAGGAUUUCUUCACCACAAGGGUGCAUCAAAAGCCAGCAGAAUUCUUUCUUGAUGGUUGGCGAGGGGACUUCUACAAAUGCAACCACAACAGGCUUGGUAGUGGAGCUAUUUAUAGUAAUGAAGUGAGAUAUUCAUAUUUAACAUCUCUUCAGUGAAUGCAACAAAUUGCAAGGAGCCUUAAUCUUCUUGCAUGAGUGCCAGUUUGCUACUUUCUGGAAGGAGAUCAAAGACGAUGAUGAUAAUAAUGGCAUGGCAAAGUGUUUCAGUAGCUACUCUAGCUUCAGCUUGAGGAGCUUUCAUUUUCAACAAGAAGUGGAAAUGGUUAUGAAUUGAAUUGAUCUCCUACCUCAUUAUUUAUUUGUAAUUACAUCUCCCGUUUUUAUUAAAGAUUAGUAAGAUAGUUCCUAUACGUAAGGAAGUCAAGAACAACAUCAAUUAAAAUUGACAAAUUUGAGUUCCAGCAGUUGAAACGAAUGGAAUUGCUAGGUUUUUACAUCUUGAUUGUCUGGAAAACAAGAAGGAUUGAAUCUGUUCUCUUGGGUCAGAAGAUGGGCUAUGGAUUCUCUGGUUGGGAAGAAUCCUUAAACUUGGUAUUAAGCUUGAUAUUGCAAGUUAUCGUAGGACUAUGUAUAGAGGUCAAGUUGCUGAAGCAGUGGAAUUAUAUGAAGAGACGGGGAGCAGAGGACAUCAAGUUUAAUGUUUCUGGCUAUUCUGCAAUUAUGAACUGUGGAAAAUUGUUGAAGAAGAUGGUUGAGAAUGGAAGGGGCAAGUAAUGUUCUAUUGAGAGAUCCUCCUCAGUUUGGAGGAAUUGAUUUGAUGGCAUAGAAUGAAUGUAACAGUUUCAAUGGAAGCUGACCUUUUGUUAGUCUAUAGAUUUAAGAGUGAUUGUGAAUAGCUUACCUUUAGCAUGC